AUUUCAGUGUGACAUUUGCCUUUGCUGGCAACACGGGCACUGUAAUGGCAUUGAGAUGGACAGUGAAGUCCCAGACCAGUAUGUGUGCUACAUUUGCAGGUAUCCGGCGAAAGUUCGAGCCUCGAAGAAAUAUUCGUAUGCAAUCCACUACUUAACUCAAGGAAAGCUUCCCAGCUUUAGUUUCCGCACUAAAAAUGAGAGGGAUAUAAAACAAAGGGAAUCUGUUUUAAAAAAAUGCUAUGAGAUAUCACAAAGGCUCCACGAAAUCAAAAAUGUGGAUCAGAGUCUGAGAGUAAAAAUUAACAUUGCGGAGCAACCAGACCAUCCAAAACACUACCUCUGGGCCAAAAGUUGGUCUGAAAAGAAUUUUAACGGGGUGGAAAAACCAGGGAGAGGAAGUUUAAGUGACAAUCAGACAGAGGAGAAAUCACCAGAUCACGAGAACAAAUUAGGCAACAGGGUCCCAGUGCCACCAGAGGCACAGAUCGACACGGCAGAGUGCCGUCUGAGAUUGCUAGAACAUGUUGAUGACUACCUUCAGAGUAUGGAUGACAGACUGACAUCACUGCAGACACAGAUAGCAGCACUGGAAUCUCAAGACAUUGACCUAUCGAGCAACAUAUCUUCUGACAAGCUGACCAAGCAGACCAUCCAGAUGCUGUUACGGGACCUGAAAUCCGUUCAGAAAUUAGCUGCCAUAUCUUAAUCUGCCACGCUGCAGCCUUCAAUUGACAAUAUGUAUCAUGCCAUUGUCGAAGGCAUUGUAUACAAUAAGUUUCUAUAUUUUCAUUUAGUGUAAAUAAAUGUGCAAAGUCAUCAUAUUUAUAUAAAUAUAUAUAUAUAUACACAGCAAUACCGU